UGGACCCCGGCCCCUAUAUAAAUAGGAUGCCAUGCAUCAUAAUUCUCCCACCACAAAUAAAAGUUUGUAACUAGCAUAAUAUAUAAUAUUCUUUAGCAGAUAAAGAUCAUCUGGUUUGAAGAACAAUAUGGAUGAAGAGUGCCAAAUAAGCAAAUCCAGCAGGUAUGUCAGUUGGAGAAACAAACCAGCUAUUGAAGGUCAACAUGGUGGCAUACGUGCUGCAGCUUUUGUCUUAGUUGUGGAGGUAUUGGAGAAUUUGGCAUAUUUGGCCAAUGCAAGCAACCUGGUGCUCUAUUUGUCAAAAUUUAUGCACUUUUCUCCAUCAAGAUGUUCAAAUAUUGUUAGCAAUUUUAUGGGCACAGCCUUCCUUCUUGCUCUCCUUGGUGGCUUCUUAGCUGAUGCUUUCUUCACCACCUACUGCAUUUAUCUCAUAAGUGCUACAAUUGAACUUGCGGGUCUUGUAUUACUCACACUUCAAGCCUACACACAUUCUUUGGAACCAGAAAGCUGUUUAUCAGCCAACCGGAAUGAUAAAUGCCGACAAGUUGAAGGUGGUAAAGAAGCGAUUUUAUACGUAGGAUUGUAUCUGGUGGCGUUGGGUGUUGGUGGGAUAAAAGGCUCCCUUCCACCUCAUGGAGCUGAACAAUUUGAUGAAGAAACCACUCAAGGAAGAAAGCAAAGAUCAUCUUUUUUUAAUUAUUAUGUGUUUUGCCUUGCUUGUGGUGCACUUAUUGCAGUCACAUUUGCAGUGUGGAUUGAGGAUAAUAAAGGAUGGCAGUGGGGUUUUGGUAUAUCCACCAUGGCUAUUCUGAUAUCUAUCCCUAUAUUUCUACUUGGUUCCACCUUCUACAGGAUCAAAGUUCCUACAGGAAGCCCUAUUACAACCAUAUGCAAGGUACUUGUAGCAGCAAUUUUCAACACAUUUUCAGGUAAUGCACGAACUGCUCAUGUAGUUAGCACAAACCCAUCAUCCAGAACAAGUUCAAUGGAAAAUAUUGAAGAAGAAGAAGAAGAGAACAUAACCAAAGAACUCGGCUUUCUGAACCGAGCAGUUAUGAACAGGUCUACUACUUCUCCAACAUUUAAGGUCAAUAUUAAGCAAGUGGAAGAGGUUAAAAUUGUCCUCAAAAUCUUCCCAGUAUUCAUGUCAACCAUAAUGCUCAACUGCUGCCUUGCUCAGCUCUCUACCUUUUCCGUCCAACAAGCAGCAACCAUGAACACUAAAAUCGGCUCCUUACGCGUUCCUCCAGCUUCUCUUCCUGUAUUCCCAGUCAUUUUCAUCAUGAUACUAGCACCAAUGUAUGACCACGUCAUAAUCCCAUUUGCAAGGAAGAUAACCAAAACAGAAAUGGGUAUAACCCAUUUACAACGAAUCGGAUUCGGGUUGUUUCUAUCCGUCAUGGCUAUGGCAGUUGCAGCUUUAGUUGAGAUAAAACGAAAACAAGUGGCGCAUCGGGCCACUUUAAUGAACUCUACUGAACCAUUGCCAAUUACUUUCCUUUGGGUUUCUUUGCAAUACUUGUUUCUUGGGUCAGCUGAUCUUUUUAGUUUAGCUGGCAUGAUGGAUUUCUUUUUCACAGAAGCACCAUUUAGCAUGAGGUCAUUGGCUACAUCUCUCUCUUGGGCUUCAUUAGCCAUGGGUUAUUAUCUUAGCUCAGUGCUUGUGGCUAUAGUGAACCAUGUUACAGGGUCCUUCCGUCACACGCCAUGGCUCUAUGGGAGUAACUUAAAUCAUUAUCAUCUUGAAAGGUUUUACUGGCUAAUGUGUGUACUUAGUGGGCUUAACUUCCUUGUUUAUCUCACGUGGGCUAAAUCCUAUAAAUAUAGACCAAAGAGCAACAGUGGUUCAAAUGACACAAGAAUGCUGUGCAAUUCAACAGGAAUCUGAGGAUAUUCUAUGCCAUGAAAUAUAUUUAAUAUGAAUGUGGAUGCAUAUGUGUUUGUAAGUUAGUGAGAUAUGCAACUUAUUCAGUUAUUUUCUAUUCUGCCAUUGGUGGCCUUUGUAUACUAGAAUGAAUGAAGCCAAUUAAUGAUUAUUGCAUA